CAAUCAAAUUAAUAUCCCUGCGUAGAAAAGUUGUGGCAUGCAUGGAGUGCCCACUAGAGUGGCCCGAGCCCGUGGUUCCGGUCCAAUCCUUGGCUGAUGCCGCCGUGAUCCCGGACCGAUACGUCAAGCCGCCGUCGGAGCGGCCUGGCGAUGCGUCCAAGGAUGCGAGCGUCGAUAUGAUCCCCAUCGUCGACCUUGGUGGCCUCACCGGCGGUGCGGCGGAGCGCGAGGCCACCAUGCGGGAGAUAUCGGGCGCGUGCAAGGAGUGGGGGUUCUUCCAGGUGGUGAACCAUGGGGUGAGCCCGGAGCUGAUGAGGAGGGCGAGGGAGGUGUGGAGGGAGUUCUUCCACCUGCCUCCGGAGGAGAAGCAGGUGUUUGCCAACUCCCCGAAUACCUUCGAGGGGUACGGGAGCCGGCUUGGUAUCCAGAAGGGUGCAAGCCUCGACUGGGGGGACUAUUUCUUCCUCCAUCUCCGCCCGGAGUCGAUCAAGAACCAAGACAAAUGGCCUGCUCUUCCUGCAUCCUUGAGGAAAAUAACCGAAGCCUAUGGAACAGAAGUAGUAAAGUUGUGCGGGGUACUGAUGCAGGUGCUGUCAAUAACACUAGGAUUGGAUGAGAGCUUUCUUCAGAAGGCAUUCGGGGAAGAAGAAGCCGGGGCUUGCAUGAGGGUGAACUACUACCCAAAAUGUCCACAACCAGACCUCACCCUCGGUAUCUCCUCCCACUCCGACCCCGGUGGCUUCACCAUCCUCCUCCCUGACGAACGUGUCCAAGGUCUUCAAGUGCGCAAAGGUGACGCAUGGGUCACCGUGCAAUCCGUUCCCCAUGCUUUCAUUGUGAACCUCGGAGAUCAAAUUCAGGUGCUAAGCAAUGCAAUUUACAAGAGCGUGGAGCAUCGUGUGUUUGUGAAUGCAGCAGAAGCAAGGAUAUCCAUUGCUCUUUUCUACAACCCGAAAGGUGACCUGCUAGUGGGACCUGCUCCAGAAACUGUGACCCCAGAUCGACCUCCACUCUAUAAACCGAUGACGUUCGACAAAUACAGGUUAUUUAUAAGGAAGAAAGGGCUAUGUGGCAAGUCGCAAGUGGAAUCUUUGAUAGCCAUGUAGCCUAAAUUUUCUCUCAUCGGUAGCUCUUGCACCGGUUUCUCAAGGGAAAAAAAAGGGGAAGGAAAGAGAACUUCAUUUGUAAUGUUUGUUUAAGAUUGAUUCUAUCUGCCCACCAUGUAUCGUUUCAUGUUCCUUAAUUUUAAUGCGAAAGGCAGUAGAUUUCAAGCAUGUUAAUGCUUCACAAGGCUUGUGCUUAUGUGGUCGCAUUAUAAAUUAAUUUCAAGUACACGGAUAAAUUGAUAAUUACAAAUGUACGUCCACUCUCUUCGGCUGAAACAAUUAAUAGCUAAAUUCUAUUUGUAA